AUGUGCAUUCAUUUCGGGCCUGAUGAAGCCAACCAGCAGAAAUACGUAUCGCUCGGGUUACCUAUCCUAUUUUCUGCUCGAAUCCACUUCCCUCCUUUUUGCGGAUUUUGCCCAUUAUUUUCCUACUUGUUGUUAUAUACUUUUCUUCGCAUGAUUCUCUUUAUAUAUAUAUAUAUAUAUAUAUAUCUUCUGAGGCCUCCUGUACGCCCCUGACUUAUUUCCCCACCAACGAUUAUUUUGGACUGUGUGCUGUCGCCACGCGACAACAUCGACAAGUUUUAUAGAACAAUAUCGUUGUUUAGUUUGUUUGUGCGUCGCCCUAAUAAAACAGUUAUGUAAUAGAAGCUGACCAACUGGACCCUGAAAAAUGUGGCAUACGAAAAAAUAUUCUCCUUUCCAAACUGAUGAUGAAGAAAACGACCCUGGUGUAAAACCACAAGAAAGCAAAAAGGAGAAGAGAAAUAACUUUAAUUUUGAGAAGAAACUGAUACAAGCAUAAUUAAGUCAUCGAGAGAUAGAGAGAUAUUUUUUUCUCCUAACAGUUAAGGCAAUUAACUAUGAAUACUAUAUAUGUAUAUAUAGUAUUAGCUUUCGAUGGUCUAUGCCAUCAUCGUCUGGAGCUGAAAAACAAUUUUUGAAUAAUAGCAACAAUAAACAAUUACUUACUAAGUCGGCGAGA